GCACACAGGGGCUUUCUGCCCUCAAUCACAAUUACUGAAUUGAAGCGCAUUUUGUGUGCGGACCUUCAGGAGUAAAAACAAGCAGCCAGAAAGGAUGGGAGUCGAGGUCGAAACCAUUACUCCUGGAGACGGAAGUACUUUCCCUAAAAAAGGACAGACGUGUGUCGUACACUAUGUGGGUUCUCUGACAGAUGGACACAAGUUCGACUCUUCCAGGGACCGGGGCAAGCCUUUCAAAUUCAAGAUUGGCAAACAGGAAGUGAUCCGUGGAUGGGAUGAGGGAGUAGCCCAGAUGAGUGUGGGGCAGCGGGCCAAGCUGACCUGCACUCCGGACUUUGCUUACGGGAGCAAGGGGCACCCAGGCAUCAUUCCUCCCAAUGCCACCCUCAUAUUUGACGUGGAGCUUAUUUGCAUGGAAUAAUGCCCCCACAGUUGGACUCAGGUUAUUCCCUAUUCAUUCUUUCAGGGUCAACCUUUUUAAGGAACAUUGCUACGUGAUCCUCAAAAGGGGCUUGUGUUGAUAGCGAUGCCACUUAGCUUAGCUCUGUUAUACAUUUGUAUAUUUUGUUGUCUUUUUAUUUCUCAUCUGCUUGACAUAAUUUACUGGUAUACUCAAAGUCAUUGGAUACUCACUAUGAAACGUUCUUUUUUUCUUUCCUCCUGUUUUUUAUAUUUUAUUUCUGUAUUGUAAACACAAUUACAGCAACAGGGUUUUGGCUGAGCUGGUAAAAGCACUCUGGUGGGGAAAUCUGCUUAAAUAUAAAACAAUAAACUACUUGAAAAUAAAUUGUUUAUAAAAACAUGAAA